CCAAGGUGGCCAUUGGAAUAUGUCAUCGAGUUAUUUCUUUUCAAUCUCUUGUGUCAGCAUUUCCUCUCAUGCUUUAUUUACAGCAACAGACGUCAAAUGGCACACUCGGUAAGUUUGACAAAGACAAGGCAUGGAAAGCAGUGGUGGUCCAAAUGGCCCAGUAAGCAAAGAUACAUGAAUCAGAAGGCAAAAAAUAUGGAAAGAAAUUGAAAGAUGAGUGAGUGGAGAAUAAGAAUGUUGGCAGGAAAAGCUGCAUGGCGGAGAUAGUGAUUGAACAAACCUUUGUAAGCAUGACAGGAAAUGGAAUGUUACGGAUUAAGGAACGUAACUGGAAUCAUCUGAAACUUGCAAUUCUGUCAUAACCAUCAGCUGACACUAUAUACUGUAUCUGUCAAAGAUUUUAUUGACUAAUUCACAGUUUAGUCAAGAAAAGAACCAAGUCACAAAGUGUGGCAGGUUUUGAGCAAGUUGUGUCUCACAAUCAUGAAUAUAGUCUAUCACAACAGUGUGAAAUAUAAAUCAUGAGCGAAUGGCUGAACAACAAAGUAUAUAUGCAAGUAAAUUGUAACCUAUGCAUUUAAAAUCCACAGUACUUGUUCUACAUUAUCUAGAUUGAAACUGCACGUAUUAUAUAAGAGAUUGGCAGAGUAGGGUCUUAAUGAAUGAUGUCUUUAUAAAUUCUAACACUCUGUAAUGUACCAUAUUGCAGUUCAGAAUGGUACUAUAUGCUAAGCUGCAGACAACAGUUUCACUUUAUUAGAUUUAAAUUUUGUACAAAUGUAAAAAUGUAAGUUCUACAUUGUAAUGGUUUUGAAGAUCAGUAAAAUUCAGAGGAUGUUUUUGUGGAGUGUGAAUAAUAAUUUUAGAUAGAGAGACCUUACAGAUCUUUAGAAGUAACCUUAAGUGCAAGCAAAAAUAUUAUAAUAGAGAUCUUUGGAAAAUACCCUUUAUAAAACUUGAAUAAACAUUUGUCUCCCCUUGAUAUAUAAAUGUUGCCUUAAAUAUUAGUCGAUCUUUAUUGUUUGUAUUUCCAUAUAUCCAGGGUUGGGGAGUAACAGAAUACAUGUAUCGGGAUCACGUAUUUAAAAUACAAAAUAUAAGUAACUGUAUUCCACUACAGUUACAAUUUAAAUCAUUGGUAAUUAGAAUACAGUUACAUUCAAAAACUAUUUUGAUUACUGAAGAGAUCACUUUGCAUUUUAUUGUCAUUUGUUUCAUUUAAUAUUUAGUCCUUUCAGAAGAAAAAAAUUAUACAUAUAAAUGAUGCGAUCCAAAGUGCAUUUGAACAGCGGUGAAUCACUUUCUUAUGACGUGUUACAUUCAUAUGAGCAGACAGAGAAGUAAGUUUGAAGUAAGUUUGGAGCAGAAGAAAUAGAAAUAAACCUUGUGUAAAUUGCCAGCUUUCUAAAAUGCUAUUUCUAGACAUUUUACAUGAACGUUACCAGGCACGAUCAUAUUUUUUUAUCAAGAAAAUUCACGUUGGAUCAUAAUUUCUUUUUUUCUAUAAGACCUUUGAUAUUAGGGUAAAAAACAUAUUCUUGAUAAUCAUUUUUGUAUUGUUUUCCCAUAGAAAUAUCUAAAAAUCCUUAAAACAAGAUCAAUUUGAUUUCUCUUGUUUUAGAAACAACACUGCAUAAGAUAUUUAGGUUUUUCAGAGAAUGUAUUUUUAACAUGUGUAUUUGUCUUACUGUACUGGCAGAGUUUUUAUAGUCAAAACAAGUGAAAAAAUCUUCCAGUGCUGAAGAAGUAAUCCAAAGUAUUUAGAAUACGUUACUGACCUUGAGUAAUCUAAUGGAAUACUUUACAAAUGACAUUUUACAGCAUGUAUUCUGUAAUCUGUAGUGGAAUACAUUCAAAAGUAACCCUCCCAACCCUGCUUAUACCCAUACAUAUUAAAUUCCUGAGACAAAAACGAUAUAUGGCUAACAAGCGAUGAAAACGAAUCUCCUUGAAGGUCUGUCUGCUGAUCGAGUAAACCGGAGAAGUGAGAGGUUUGUCAGGGGAGGGCGAGAAGGAUGGCGAGAGGCGGAACAAACCGGUGUGUGUGCCCGGAUACACGCUGAAGCGGCUCACCCGCACUGCAGAUUAACCCUUAAAACGCCAGAGAUGCACAACACCGAGUAAAGCUCUAGUCCCCGCAUCUGCGUCUUUUGUCUUUGGGUAUCUGUCGCUGUGCAUUGAUCUUUCUCGAUACUGAUUAUUUGAUUAUGUGCUUCGAGCUGUACACGUUCCUGAUUAUCAUCGACUGGCAGACUGGCACAGGUAUGUGACACAUCAUGAAGACGAGUGUCUAUGCAACUCAGUUAUCUCACUCUCUCUUUCACUCGUGCUCUAUAAUGGAUAAUUUCUGCUAUCAUUUCUAUGCUUUAAGCUGCUGUGUGUCAUUCUAACCAGUGAUGAUGCGGAAUCAGCCGAUGACUGUAGCACUGGUGGCUGGACAGCUCCUCGUUUGAGCACUCUAAUAAGGAUGUCAUUUUGUCCUUGGUGUGACUUGUAAAAGCUAGUGCAUGCUCUCAGUGGACUCUCCAGACAUGCACACUUCAUUGGUCACUGAAUUGAAGGAACAUGCACUUUCAAGGAGUCUGAACAUGCGGAAUAAGGUUUUUGGAGAAGUGGAGUGGUUUCUCUGACAGAUUCAUCUCAGCAGUCCAUAUGAGCUGCACCAACAACAAAUCAACUCUGAUUUCCCUCUCUUCAGUCCACCUCUGACAAGAUCAGAAAGGGCACAAUCCAUUAACAGGCCAGCCUUCUCAGGCUGUCCGCAAUGCUCUCUUUGUGACUUUUAGAAGAUCCACUUUCAUCCUUUAAGUCAACACCUCUUACAUAUACCAUAACUCAUUAUAAUAUUGCAGGAAACAGCCCUCAGCCAAUCCAGUGGCUGACGGGUUAGGAGGAGGAGCUUCAGGAGUGUUUCAGCAGGAGUGUUGUGAGGUUAGUCGCGAGCAGGCUGCUGGUGCCGAAUGCAGAAUAUCCUCGAGCAGAACUUGGACAUGGCCACAGCUCUGCUUGCGGGUGAAAAGCUGAAGGAGUUGAUCCUGCCAGGUUCCACCCAAGAUGAGAAAAGUGGGGUACUCGCUGGUCUCAUGGUGCAGCUCAAACUAGAGUUGCCCUUUGACCGGGUCGUAACCAUUGGAACUGUCAUCAUCCCUAUACUGCUGGUCACAUUAGUGUUCACACGGAACUUUGCAGAGGAAUCAAUAUAUUGCUACACCCCACACAACUUCACACGAGAUCAGGCCCUAUAUGCCAGAGGCUACUGCUGGACAGAGCUGCGGGAUGCAGUGCCCGGUGUUGACCCUGAACUCCGGCCCUCCCUGUUCGAGCACAAGUUUCUGCCUUAUGCUCUGCUGGCCUUCGCAGGCAUAAUGUACAUACCUGCCCUGGGAUGGGAGUUCCUGGCCUCCACUCGCCUCACCUCUGAGCUCAACUUCCUCCUUCAAGAGAUCGAUAACUGCUACCACAGGGCAGCCGAGGGCCGAGCACCCAAGAUUGAGAAGCAGAUCCAGUCCAAAGGGCCGGGGAUUACGGAACGCGAACGACGGGAGAUCAUUGAGAAUGCUGAGAAGGAGAAGAGCCCUGAGCAGAACCUGUUUGAAAAGUAUCUAGAACGGCGAGGGCAGAAUAAUUUUCUGGCUAAGCUGUACCUGGCACGGCAUUUAGCCAUCAUCUGCCUCAGCUCAAUCCCCAUAACUUACUUGAGUACUUACUAUGCCCGUCAGAGGCAGAACGAGUUCACAUGUGCCCUGGGUGAGCCACCAGACACUAGCAGCAUUCCUGAACUCCGGUUGAGUGUUAAUUGCAAGCUGCCAGCUGUGCAGCUCCAGCGCAUUAUGGCUGCAGUGGAUAUCGCCUUGCUUUGUACUAUGAACCUCAUUAUCCUUUUGAACUUACUUCAUUUGUUUGUGGUGCGCAAGUCCAACUUUGUAUUCGACAAGCUGCACAAAGUAGGCAUUAAAACACGCAGGCGCUGGCAGAAGUCACAGUUUUGUGACAUCAAUAUUCUAGCCAUGUUCUGUAAUGAGAACAGAGACCACAUUAAGUCUCUCAACAGACUGGAUUUCAUCACUAAUGAGAGUGACCUUAUGUAUGAUAAUGUGGUACGGCAGCUGUUGGCAGCAUUAGCUCAGUCCAACCACGAUGCCACUCCGACAGUGAGAGACUCUGGUAUCCAGACUGUUGACCCCAGUAUGGACCCGUCUGUACUUGGAGUCGGAGAGCUGGGUGGAGAGCCCUCAGUAAUCAAAAGACCCCGCAAGAAGAUCAAAUGGAUCCCUACAUCUAACCCUUUGCCACAGUCCUUUAAAGAACCCCUCACUUUAACCAGAUUGGAAAAUAGUAUAAAGGCAGAAAAACCUAAACCAGUGCGGAGGAAGACUGAAAGCAUUAUUGCUCCAAUUCUGGACAGUAAGAGCACACAAUAUCCUCCUACUAACAAAGCUGCAGAAACAUAUAAUGUAGAGAAAAAACACACCCUUAAUCUCACGCUGGAUGUUCAUCCUUACAUGCUAACCAUCCAGAAAGCAAAAGCAGAAACGGUGAACCCAGAGCCACCCCCUGUUGAGCACUCUCUUAAUAAUGUGUAUAUUGAGGGCCCACAUACAGUUGUCCACGUCUCCUCUUCUCUAACUGAGAAUAAAGAGUCUCCUCCACUGUCCACCACCGCCUUCUCCACAGCCACACUCUCCACAACAUCCUAUAUGAAUGGUGGUUCAACAAAUCUGACCCCUCUGGACUCCCCAAAGGUCAAGAAUCCUCUCAAUCAGGGGGCCGAACCUGAGAGCCAACCUGGGCCUUUUAGCAGAAACCCCUCGCACCCGCUACUGAGCAUCCAUCACUCCUUGUAUGAGGAAGAGGAGGAGCAAAGCAGAAGGGACAGACUAGCCAGACCUGGCGAACUGAUUGCUGCUGGAGAGUGCUGAAGUCAAAUCAGAUAAACAUGCACAUACUCACACACAAAUGCAAUAGCACUGAGAAUAUGAAUGAAAGCACAAAGGAAUGUGCUGGUUUUUAGGGUCAUAUUUUUGUCUCUCUCGUUAUGGGUGGAUCUCAGAUUAAUUCAUUUUCAGUGAUGACGAUUAUGGGACAUUGAGGCAGGCUGAGAUGUUAUACAGGUAACAUAUUUACAAUUUAAAGUGACAGACACACUCAGUCAUUUUUUUGUUUACAAUAUGGCUGCAUUUACCCUGCAAGGCUUAAAGUCGGCAUGAAAUGGAAGUUGCGUCCGACUUCUGUAUUGUGAUGUAUUUCCGAGUGAAACAGCUUAUCGAACAAGAAAAAAAAUGUAAGCAGGAUUUGAGUUUAUUCAUUGGUUGUUGAUUGGAUUGUGAAAAUAUGGGCGUUGCAUAGCGGAACGGAGGUAGAUCUGAAUGUGAGUUUGCAGUGGACACACACACCCCUACCACCGUGCUGCUCGAGUCAGAGCCAGUUACAGGUGAAAUUGAGCAGCGAUCUCAACAGAUUUAUGAUCAAACUGACAACAUAAAUGCACAAGCACAUCACGGUCUUUGCUUACGAAGAGGCUGUAGCCGUUGAAAAACAAGAGAAUAAAAGAUAACCAUAUUUUAACGUUUUGAAUCACAAUACACUAUAUAAAAUAAAAUAAAAACACUUACUCAUGCUGUGCAUCCCAAGAUAACUGCUUCAAAAAAUAUAAAUAAAUUCCAGAGGCAUCCGAAGCAUUAUAUUCAUUAGCGAUCACCUCAGGUUCAAGCGUGAAAUGUCUCAAACACAACCAUGAAUUCGCCAUUAUUCCUCCUCAUUCGAAAUGUAAAUUCAAGCCAGCUGACCCAUAACCAAGGAAGUGUGGGUUAAGGAAUGAUAGUUUUGAAGGAAAACAGAUGAAAAUACACCUUGCCAUCUUCACCAACAUGCGAUUGAUGUUUUGUUCACCUUUACGCAAGGUUGUGGAAAUUAUAAGAAAGGGGCGGGGUUUAAGCGGACUAAAUGAUUGGAGAAGUCCUGCAUACGUCACCAGAGAGAAGUCUGUCGUUUCACCGGAAGAUCGAGUUAUGACAUUUUGAUUAAAGAUUACAAGGUCAAAAAAAUUUUAAUAAAAUAAAACAUAUGCAUGGAUGAAUCAUUCACAGUAAGAUGAUGGGGCCGUGGCCGAGCGACGUCUGUGGAGAGUGAGGCCAGGAGAGGAAGAAUGGUAAGGAUUGACACCUGUGGGAAAUUAAUUCUUACAGCUGUUUUGUGUUGCAGUGAGAGCUGGAGAGAGAUAAAAGGGCAAUCCAAACCGCCGGAGGAGAGAGAGAGAGAGAGAGAGAGAGAGAGAGAGAGAGAGAGACGCACACAGCAGAGUGUUCUGUGUGUUUUUGUAUUGCUGAAAAGCAAACCCUUGUGUGUCACUGAAAAGUGGAGAAAUAAAAGUCUUAUGUUAGAUGUUUACCUGGCUUCCGGUUCCAAAAGAAAAAGCUAGAAACAAAGAAAAAGCUAGAACAAAGAAACAACAAAGAAAGCUAGAAAUGUAUCACAAAGAUCAGUAACAUGCAUUUAGAAAAUAGGUGGGGUGAAUUUUUAUUUCAUGCUGACUUUAAUGCACAGUUCCAAUCUUUUGACCAUAUCCAAUUUUUUGUCUUGUCUGUUAACAUUCACUUAAGUAAUAACCGACAUGUGUUUACAUUAAUUACCUGCCAAGCUGCAGUAGGCUGUUAGUCAGCACUAUUUUGCGUUGUUAGAACUAUGAAUCGCAACAAACAUGCUAUUAUUUUACUUUCAAAUUUUUCUUGGAAAUAUCGAUAAACCUUACAAGAAUACAAUUAAUUCUUCAAAGACAACUCACUCCACAAUUCUCACGCAAGAAUUCCCAGGCAUGCAUUCAUUAACCUUACUUUUAACAGAGAGUGAUUUAAUAAAAGUCACAUAACUUUGAUCACGUUUAUAUGCACAACACAGAUUACGGUAAUUUUCCAAAUGAAUUUAAUUACAAGCCUUUAUUCCCUCAAAAAAAAAAAAAAUAAAUAAAAAAACGUUUCAAUGCUCAGUAAAGUACAUUUAUUCAGAAUAUUCCUGUUCACGUUUCGGAUAAACGAAAACAUGCUUGUUCUUUUACCACACUAUUCCCUGCGGCUGGCUCUUGUCUUUCAUUACACUGCAUUUUGCUAAAUCUGCACAUUUAAUUCAAACAAAUAAUUUUCAUUGAUGUCCUCUAUAUUAUGUUAAAAUGUGUACUCAUAAGAAUUAGCCUCAAAUGUAUCAUAAAGCUUUCUGAUGAACUUACGGGGCUCUCAUCUAUUUGUGUACUGAUUUAUGCUCUUUUUCUUUUUUUUUUUUUGUAGCCUAAUGUUUGUCUCCUUGCAGUUAAAUGAGUGCUUGACAUUUCAUUAUUGAUUGACAUCUUGUACAUCCAGAAUAACGUUGUUAUAUACACUCACUGAGCACUUUAUUAGGAACACAAUGGUCCUAAUAAAGUUCCAGAUGUGCACUUCUACUGUUGUAGCCCAACUGCCUCAAGGUUUGACGUGUAGUGCAUUCUGAGAUGUUAUUCUGCUCACAACAAUUGUACAGAAUGGCUAUCUGAGUUACCGUAGCCUUCCUGUCAGUCUGGCCAUUGUCCUUUGACCUCUCUCAUCAACAAGGCAUUUCCGGCCGCAAAAUUGCCACUCACUGGAUGUUUUUUUUUUUUUUUUUUUUUUUGGCACAAUUCUGAGUAAACUCUAGAGACUGUUGUGUGUGAAAAUCCCAGGAGAUCAGCAGUUACAGAAAUGCUCAACCUAGACGGUCUGGCACCAACAAUCAUGCCAUGGUCGAAAUCAAUGAGAUCACAUUUUAUCCCCAUUCUAAUGGUUGAUGUGAACAUUAACUGUAGCUCCUGACCCGUGUCUGCAUGAUUUUAUGCAUUGCACUGCUGCAACAAGAUUAGCUGAUUAGAUAAUCACAUGAAGGUGUACAGGUUUUCCUAAUAAAGUGCUCAGUGAGUGUAUGUAAAGACAUAAACUAAAAUAAUGUUUCAGCAGACAAUAAUGUCAGAAAAACAAGGAGAAUUGGGUACGAAUGUUUAGACGUAGGUCAGAUGUGCAGAUAUCGUGUAUCUGAUUUUAAAAUAACAUAACCACAACCUCACAUCAGAUGCGAAAAAAUCAGAUCUCAGAUCAUUUUUUAUGUUUACAUGAGUGCAACAAUAUCCAAUCCGUGUCAGUUUUGAGUUAAAAAAUCUCAUUUUUUGUUACAGUGUAAAUGCAGCCUAUGUUGUGCUUUGGGGGUCAAGGGUUUGGCUGGUUAGUUUCAGCAGUUAGCUCCUGCAGGUAGAUGCCACAAUUACACCAUUAUGCAUAUGUUUUUCCAUAGACCUUAGUCAGGGUAGUAAACAACCAUAUUGAAUUUUGUGUGGAUGUAAAUGAGGCUGUGACUGAUAGAUAGAAUUACAGUCUGUAUCAUACAAAUAAUUUAUGGAUGGAUGACACCUAAAGAGGGGGGACACCCAAGACCUUGGUGCUCACCAUAUGGUCUAAUGAGUCCUCAAUUAAUAACAUUUGUAACAUGUUAUUUAUUAAUAGCAUUCUUAUAACAUUAUAAGAACAUUCUAAUAACAUUCCAAAUGAAGGCAGAGGCACAUCAAAGUUUUGCACAAGCACGAUUUGUUCAUUUAUGACAUUAAAUUCAAUGCAGUUUCAUGUACUUUUACACAGCACAUUUUUCACAAAUUUCAAGAGGUAUCCAACGCAAUAUACUGUAUGUAUUCUUAAAAUAUGCAACCUCACUUUAUUAUUGUUGCAAUAAUAUGCAGAUUUGGAAUGUAUAUACUGAGCUGUAUAGAAAAAAAGUAGUUUUUACAAUAAUGUGAAAUAUUUUAGGCAUUUUCCUUGUUCAAAAAUUAUCAUCACUAAUUUACAAAACACAUGGCUUGUUUCUCCACACACCUUUGGUGCACUUAUUUAAUGGAAUCGAAUCACUCUGGGUCAAAGUGUUUAAAGACAUUAAAUUCUAGGUAAUCUGAAAACAAAUGGAUCCUUAUACCAGCUUUUUUGAACUGACAGGGUUGUUUAGCAAAGUUCUGUUUGACUGUUUCAAACUGAAGAGGAAACAAUGCUUUUGAUAGACACCAUUGCAUGAACCACAUCUCGUGUAUAUUGUCAUUCUGCCUUUGUAAAUCCACUCAAAUUCAUAUUCACUGAUGCACCUUGUGGUGAUGUACGUAUAAGAAAUAGCCUGCCAAAAACACCCUUAUUACACUCUGAUUGUGUGGAUGCAAAAAGCGCACCAGAACUCAUAACAAUUAGAAUCCCAGAGCACAUACUGUAUAACCACAUGGCAUGAGAUUGAUAUUGGGAAAAUAACUAUUGCAGCUCACAGUAUUUCUAGCACAUACCAUGAUCAGAGUGCAAUACUUAGGUAAUGAUUUUAUGAUAAAAGGAACACAGACCAUGAAUGAUAAUACCAUUAAAGUGGAAAGAACCAUGGCUCCUUUUCUAGACUUGAAUUUGUAGAUCUGAAAAAUUUUGUGAUGGUAUGUUGGGUGGGUGCUAAUCUGUGAAUGUUUGAACUGCACAAUGUUUGAAUCGCACUUAGUCUUUGAGCCGACAUGUCCAAAUGGUGUUAGACUGUAUCAGAUGUCUUAAAAUCAUUGGUCAUGUUUCCAGACACACAUCACAUUUGUUACUUAUUAUGUUGAAGGGUAAAGUUGUAACUGAAUAUUUUUUGUAGUGCCAUAAUAUGUUUUUAUUGCUUUUAUUAUUUUGUUUCUAUUUCUGUGCCACAAACUAAAUUGGAAUUUCUUUACAAAAAAAAAAAAAACGUGUAUAUACAUAUUCAUGGAGCUGCAGCAUUUCAACCAAAUAACCUGCUUUUAGAAAUCAAUUAGACUAUGCUAAAAAAGAGAAAAGAUUAUAUUAUCACAUGGUUUGUAUACGGCAUGUCCAGUUGUUAAUUAAACUCAUGUUACAUUAUUUAAACUGGAAAAAAAUAUACAAAUGAUUUGAAUAAUUUGAACUCUCACCUACUCUUGCACAGGUCAGCCCUUUAUCUUUACAGCUGUCUGACCUACUGCAAUUCAUGUAACGUGAUAUAAAAGCACUUUGUAGAAGAACUGUCCCACAAAUGUGUGUUAGAUGAGGUAUCUCUGUUAUAGGUGAACAAAGCUCAUAAUUUAAUUUAAAGCAAGGAGUUCAUAGGAUUUGGGGAGGUAUUGUGUAUCUGUGGUGAAUUGUAGUCACAGAGAAAUGUAGUCUUUCUUGAUUGCUUUAAUAUAACAUGACUAGCAUCGAUAAAUUGCAUUUUGAAAAAGGAUGUAAUGUUUACAUUAAAGGGAUAGUUCACCC